GUUGAGAAGAGAGCUAAGAGUGUAGCAUCUCGCUUAGACGAGUCGGUCGGUCGUUGUCAUUUGAAAACGGAAGCCAUCUUGUGGCAGAAUCUCAUAUAUUAUACGACGGAUUAAUAGUUGCUGACUAUUUCUAUCGAAAAGUUACUCUGCAUUUUUUUCAUUACGUCUAGACUAUGCACGAAUCAUUGUACCAUACGUUUGCAUAGCCAUGGCUGCGACGAGAAAGUUGCAAGGUGAAAUUGAUAGGUGCCUUAAGAAAGUAACAGAAGGUGUUGAAACAUUUGAAGAUAUUUGGCAAAAAGUUCAUAAUGCAACAAAUAGUAAUCAAAAAGAAAAAUAUGAAGCUGAUCUCAAAAAAGAGAUCAAAAAGCUUCAAAGGUUACGAGAUCAAAUCAAAAGUUGGAUUGCAUCAGGAGAAAUUAAAGAUAAGAGUACCUUACUUGAUUACCGUAAACUUAUUGAAACACAAAUGGAAAGAUUUAAAGUUGUAGAAAGAGAAACAAAAACAAAAGCUUAUUCUAAAGAAGGCUUAGGCGCUGCUCAAAAAUUGGAUCCUGCACAAAAAGAAAGAGAAGAAGUUAGUAAUUGGCUUGCAAAUUCUAUAGACACUCUUAAUUUGCAGCUUGAUACAUUUGAGUCAGAAAUAGAAUCUUUACUUGCUGGUAAAAAAAAAAGAUUAGAUAAAGAUAAACAAGAUAGAAUGGACGAGCUCAAAGGAAAACUUGAUAAACAUCGAUAUCAUAUUAGAAAGCUGGAAACUUUGUUGCGUAUGUUAGAUAAUAUGUCUGUUGAAGUUAACACAAUUAAAAGGAUAAAAGAUGAUGUUGAAUAUUAUAUAGAAUCAUCUCAAGAGCCUGAUUUUGAAGAAAAUGAAUAUAUUUAUGAUGACAUUAUUGGUCUAGAUGAAGUUGAAUUAUCUGGUGUUACGAUACCAUCUUCAGCAACAACAGAUAGUAAUAAUAGUAAUGAAACUGGUGGUACACCUACAUCAACUAAUUCUGGAACUUCACCAAUACCAUCACCUCCAUUGAGUUCAACAAUGCAUAAUCAUUCAAGCGAUAGUUCUAUAGAUAAUGAUAAGAAAACGAAGCCUGUAAAACCAACAGCAGUUAGACCAUUAGUUAAUACUCAAGUGAACAUUUCAACAUCAGGAAGCACUGCCAAUAUAAAAUCAUUACUGUCAAGUAGCACUCCAAGUAAGACCAUUCUUACAACACUUAGUCACAGCUCACCUAGCUCUACAAUCAACCACAUUUCUACAACCAAUCCUGGUAAUUUUGCAACUGUGGCUGCUUCACACAGCAAUUCACAAACUAUUCAUACAAAUUCUAGCAAAAUAAUAUCGCAUAGCAGUGAAAAUGGGUUAUCAUUAUCUUCAUCCUUGAUUUCUAAUGUGCCACAAAUAAUUUCCCAACAACAUCAGCAAUCACCUUCACAAUCAGUACAGCAAAUAUCACAACUACAGCAGCAACAACAGCCACAACAAUCACAACUACCGCAACAUAUCAAUUCAGCUUCCUCACAAAUACUACAUAUUUUACACAAUCAACAAAAUCAGAAUUAUAAUAAUGAAGUAGAAAUGACAACUUCCAUAAUAACGUCAACCUCACCUCAAUCAUCCGUUAGCAACUGUUCUUCGCCUAUUCUAACAAAUUCUUGUUCACCAGCACCAUCAACUGCUAAUGGUCUCAUAACUAAACUUCCUGAUGGCAUGUCUACUUUAAAGUCUAUUGCUCAACAAGUAAUUGUUCGAGCAGGUUUAGAAAUGCCAACUUCUGAAUCAACAAGAAGUAUUUUUGAUAACUCCAAAACAAAUAAUGUUAUCGGUAAUAAUAAUGCUACUGCAGAAGCUCACAUUCCACCUUUACUUGGAGUCGCUCCACUAGGACCAGUUCCACUGCAAAAAGAGCAUCAACACCAGUUUCAAAUGAUGGAAUCAGCUUAUUACCAUAUGCCUCAUCCAUCUGAUUCUGAACGAUUGAGACCAUAUUUACCUCGAAAUAAUUGUCCUACACCUCCAUAUUAUCAACAGGUACAGCUUCCUCAUUCUGAUACUGUGGAGUUUUUCCAACGCCUUUCAACAGAAACAUUAUUUUUCAUAUUUUAUUAUAUGGAAGGUUCUAAAGGUCAAUAUUUAGCAGCUAAAGCUUUAAAAAAACAAAGUUGGAGGUUUCAUACUAAAUACAUGAUGUGGUUUCAAAGGCAUGAAGAACCAAAAGUUAUCAAUGAGGAAUAUGAACAGGGAACUUACAUUUAUUUUGACUAUGAAAAGUGGGGACAAAGGAAAAAGGAAGGCUUUACUUUUGAGUAUAAGUACUUAGAGGACAGAGAUCUCAACUAAUCUCAAUCCUGUUAUUUUCAAAAUCAUUGAAAUAUAUUAUUUCUGUAUCGGUAUUAUUGAAAAUUUAUGGACAGAU